UACACUGAAGUGUAAACUCUCUUACGAUGCCCAUAACUCAAUUGAAUUUAAAUGGCGAAGUGUGAGCCCGACUGAUUCUCUCAAUUUUCUUGCUCUUGAAUUUCGCUUCCCAACCAUAUUUUGUGUGUAUUUUAUUCUUGACCAUUUAAUUUACUAUGUGUUUUAAUUUUUGGUUUGUGUACGAUUUUUAGUCGAUUUGUAGUCAAAAUAAAAAAACAUAGUGAGAAUAAGUGUAUGGAAAAACCAUUUAGAAUUAGUGUUGACAACAAAUUUUCCGUAUUGACAAUAAAACGCGAACGAAAUCAAACAAAUAAAAAAGCAUUCAUUCACCGCGAUAAUUUGUUUUAAAUCAAAACAUAAAUUUCAUAGUGUUUUUUUUUUUUUUUAAAAAAAAAGGAAAAAAUACGGUGUACGUGAAAAAAGGGACCAGGAAGCGAAAACACGAGUGUGGAAAUCAGUUGAUUAGAAAAUAUGAAGUGACAUUUUUCUCUUUCUCAUUCAUGGUAUUAUUUUGUCUCAUUUCGCGAUGGUGAAUUGAGUUCGUCGGCUAUAUAUUUGACUUUUAUGUGAUUUUCCGUUUGUUGGCUCACGCUUAGCAUUGAAUCGGUUUUCCGCGGUAUCGUUUUUUUCUGUUUGCCGUGUUUGAACUCUAUUGAGUUGGUUAAUAUAUUUUAUAUAUGCCAGGAUUGAAAGGGCUGAGCAUAGCAUAUACCGAACCAAAAAAGAGAGAAUCAAGUGUAAUUUAUUAGUUGACGCAUACAAUAUUAUAAUCCAACAAACACAUUGACGGCACAUCAUCGGUGGAUAAUGGAAUACAAUCGAUUUGGUGUGACAACAAUAUGAUAAUGGUAUUAGCAGCGGCAAUAGCAACGACAAAGACGACAAACAAGACAAUGUUUUUGUUUUGGACGGUGUCUGUAUUAUUGUUUACGAUCAUCGAUGCUAGCCAAACAUUACGAUUUACGAUCGAACCAAGCAAUAUCGUUGUAUCUGAAGGAAGUUCAAUUUUAUUACCAUGUGAGGGUGAAUUAACGCAUACAAAUGCUGAUCAUUUGUUAACGAAACGCAAAUUCAACAAGAAUCGAUUGGAUUUACUGCCGAACAUACGAUGGAGGGGGCCAGAUGGUCAAGACAUUGGCAUCGUUGGUGAUACAUUUCGAACUCAACUCGAGAAUGGCUCUUUGUACAUCAGCUCAGUUGAGGAAAAUCGAGGUUUAACCGGUGCCUAUCAAUGUUUACUCAGCAGCGAUGGCAUCGGAACAAUUGUCAGCCGGUCUGCGAUUGUUUCCAUUUCAAAAUUGCCAGAAACAAAUAAUUUAUUUCGGGAAUUGUAUUUAUAUCCCGGUCAAACGGCGUAUUUUAAGUGUUUAGCAUCGCCGACAACAAUGGAAUUGGGCAAAUAUCAUGUUCAGUGGUUUAAAGAUGAUUUACCAUUGACUAUUGACAACACUCGAAUGGUAUUGUUUCCAUUGGGUGCAAUUGAAAUUGAUGAAUUGAUUGCAUCCGAUAAAGGAACGUAUCAGUGCAACGUUACCUCAGGAACUUUUUAUACACAUAGUAGUAAAACUAAUUUAAAUAUUAAAGCUGGCGGUGAACCGCAACAAUUUCAGCCGCCAACAUUUUUGACCGAAUCAACAUCGAAAACGGUGAACGAAGGUGAAACGGUCACAUUGGACUGUGUUGCAAAUGGUAAUCCUCGGCCGCAAAUUAAAUGGCUUCGAAACGGUGAAGAUAUUGAUAUAAGUGAAACAAAUCCAAGAUUCCGCAUGAUCGGAACGGGUUCACUUCAAAUCACAUCGAUCGAUGAGGCAGAUGCUGGAAAUUAUCAAUGCCGUGCAAGCAACAGCAUGGAUUCAGCCGAUAUUGAAAUUUCAUUGCUUGUUCAAGUGCCUCCGAAAUUCAUUCAAAAUCCCACUGAUCGUAUCGCUUAUGAAAAAGAUGAAUUAGAAAUGGUGUGUGCAAUAAAAGGUAAACCAACGCCCAUUGUGCAGUGGCUGAAAAAUGGCGAUGUUAUCACGCCAAAUGACUAUAUGCAAAUUGUUAAUGGACAUAAUUUGCGAAUUCUUGGAAUUAUCGAAACGGAUGCCGGUAUGUUUCAAUGCAUUGGCAGUAAUUCAGCGGGUAGCAUUCAGGCGGCAGCUCGACUUGAAAUCGCUACACCAAAAGGAAAAAAGGGUAAAAAAUCAAAAGAAAAACAUUCGAAAAUGAAAUCGACCAUGUUAUCGUCGACUGAAGUAAUAGCUGCCGAUUCACCAAUUCAUACGGCCACACCAAAAUUGGCCACCAAUUCAAAAUUACCGACAAAUUCAAUACCAAAAAGCAUUUUCAAUAGCUUACAAUCGAAAGAUAAAUUGAGCAACGAACAAGAUUUAAAUAGUGAUGAUUAUGAUCAAAAUGGCGACGAUUAUGAUGAUGAAGAUGAAGGAACCAUUCAUCAAAUCGAUCCAAAUGUUAAUCCGAAUACAUUGCUGCAUACAUUAACACAACAACAGGCCAAUGAAAAGAACGAACAAAAUAAUCGAAAAUCAUCAUCAUCAUCAUCAAUAGCAACAACAAUAGACGCUGACAAAACUAAUGCCAUUAAACAUUCUACUGAUUUAUUAAUCGAACAUUUAGAUGGUGAUACAAAUUUGAAGGCGCUUAUACCGGGACCACCAAGAGAUCUAGUUGCGCAACUAGUGAAUCGAUAUGUAACACUUAGCUGGAUGGAACCAGCUCGAAAUCCGGACGAAGUUAUAUCAUACACAGUAUUUUAUAAAAUGACUUCAAGCGAACGCGAACGAAAGUUAACAACAAAAUCACGUGAUGAACAAACGGCAAUCAUUCAAUCAGUCCUUCCAGGCAAAACGUAUCACUUUCGUGUGGUUGGUAAUAGCAAUCAUGGUCCAGGUGAAUCGUCAAAUAUCUUUGAAUUAACAACACAACCCGAUGAAAAUAUUGCCGGUGCUGUUAAAAAUGUAUUUGGACAAGCCCUUAGUCACAAAGAGAUACAUGUUCGAUGGACACCGCCAUUGAUUUCAAAUGGAAACAUUUCCAAGUAUCGUGUAUAUUACACUGAACCAGACGGUGUUGAUCUGUAUGUGGACAGUAUUGGUGCUGAAACCGAAGUGAUAUUAACCGAAUUGCAUCCAUUCACUCAAUAUGCCAUCUAUGUUGUGUCAGUCAAUGAAAAUGGCAUGGGAGAUUCGUCGAAAGAAAUCACAGUGAAAACAUUUUCAUCAAUUCCGGGCGAAUCGCCAUUGAAUGUUACACUUGAAGCAACCAGUUCAACUUCAAUAACAGUGCGAUGGCAACCACCGCCACCAGAAGAGCAAAAUGGUCAAAUUACCGGUUACAAAAUUCGAUAUCGCAAACAAAAGAAACAUGUUCAAGUCGAAACAACGCCAGCCAAUGUGCGACACUAUGAGCUACGUGGACUGGACAAAAAGUCGGUGUAUCAGGUGAAAAUAGCAGCGAUGACAGUAAACGGAACAGGACCGUUCACCGAAUGGACCACCAUCGAAACAUACGAAAGCGAUUUAACCGAAAGUCAUGUACCUUUAAAACCAAUAAUCACAAACACACGAGCAACAAGUAAUAGUAUAUCAAUUCAAUGGAGUCCGCCCAAUCAACAAGAGAUUAAAGUGCGAGCUUAUAUUUUGGGUUUUGGCAUCGGUAUUCCGGAUGUUGAGACACGUAUCCUUGAUGAAAAAUUACGUUUUGUUGAGAUAAAAAAUUUGGAACCAAAUAGCGAAUAUGUGCUGUCACUGAGAGCUCGAAAUUUGGCUGGCGACGGUGAACCAGCGUACAGUAACAUUCAAACACGUGACGAAGGUCCAAUUGAAACUGGUGGUUUUGUCUUAGAAGUGCCAGUUCGAUUGCGAGCAAUUACAAUGUCAGCCACAUCAAUUGUAGUUUAUUGGACCGAUAAUUCAGUGAGUCGAGCUCCACAUACGUCAAGCAGUCGUUUCUACACGGUUCGUUAUAAUAUUGUUGAUUCGACACGUUAUAAAUAUUACAAUACAUCGGAUAUGAAUUGUAUGAUUGAUGACUUACGGCCGAACACACAGUAUGAAUUUGCUGUGAAAGCGGUUAAAGGACGUCGUGAAUCGCCUUGGUCAAUGUCUGAAGUGAAUACAACAUUCUCAUUAUCGGCCGUAUCACCGCCGCGUGAUCUUACCGCUCAACCAGAUCCAACGAAUCCACAUGGUGUUAUUUUAAAAUGGUUGCCACCACGUAACAAUAACAACGGUCAAAUCAGUGGGUAUUUGGUGUACUAUACAACAGACUCAUCGAAUCGUGAUCGCGAUUGGUCAAUUGAAACAGCAAAUGCCGAUACCACAAUAAAAAUUAAAAAUCUCAAACAAAGUACUAUCUAUUAUUUUAAAGUGCAAACACAAAAUGUGAAUCGAGCACAGCAAGGCACAUUUUCGGCAAUGAUUUCGUAUAAAACGGGCAAUUUAAUAAGCUUAUCAAAUCCAAUCAAUACAAAUAUGAACGAAGACCUGAAAAUGCCAACAAACCAUCACGGUUUAGCCAGUUUAAUAUUUAAUGAAUAUUUAAUUUAUAUCGUUGCCGGUGUGAUAGUGGUGACACUAUUGAUUUCAAUAAAAGUCGGAAUGAUGUUAUGCCGAACAAAGCCACAAGGUACACCAGAUGGAAAACAUAAUUAUAAUAAAGGUAAUAGCGGAAAUCAACCGCCCGAUUUAUGGAUCCAUCAUGAUCAAAUGGAAUUGAAAAAUGUUGAAAAGAAUCCACCAAAUGAUGGCGCAUCAAGCAGCGGUGCAAUGACUUUACCACGAACCGGCCAUGAAUAUGAAACUGACUUAUCCCAUACGCAUAUCACAAACUCGCUGGAUAAACGACAAUACGUUCCUGGUUAUAUGACAACGCCAAUGAAUUCAACAUUAGAUCGAUCGCAUUAUACACGAACUUACAAUCGUAUGCUCAUCGAUCCGAAUUCAUCGCAACAAAAUUUAAACCAAACACAAAUGACAACGAUUCCACAAACCCCCGAAAAUCCAUACAGUUACGACUCAAUGCCAUCAAAUUAUAGCAAUCCCAGUAUAACAUAUGCACCCGGCCUUUCAAUCGAUGUGCCAAAAGCACCGCGAGGUCAGGGCCAUCCAUUGCAAAGUUUUUCGGUACCAGGUCCACCCCCUCCUAGUCUCAAUACAACACCAUUGAUCUCAAAUCCCAACAAACAUAAUGUUCCAGCAGUGGCAAUUCGUCCACAAAAUGCAUCGCCAUAUAAAAAAUCGCUAACGAAUAGUACAGGAUCAACGAUUGCACCGAUCUCAUUAUCAAAUACAUUAACAAAUCGUUUGCAACAAUCGGGUCCAAUGAUUGCCCAUUCAUCGGAUGAAAUUCAAAGACUAGCGCCAAGCACAUCAACCGAAGAACUCAAUCAGGAAAUGGCCAAUUUGGAAGGUUUGAUGAAAGAUUUAAGUGCUAUCACUGCCAGUGAAUUCGAAUGCUAAGCAUGCGAUAACGAUAAAAAAAAACAACAACAACAAAAUACCUAUUAAAAGAAGACCAUUUAAACAUACACACAUUAUAUACAAAAUAGAUAAACACAUAAACCAGCCGAAAUCAACUGAAAUCAGGAGAUAUUUUUGCAAUUUUUAAACGAAACAAGCACAUGAAUUGAAAAAAUACACAAAUCUAAAAUAUAAUUCGAAAAUAACAUCAGUUUAAUCAAAUGUGACAUAAAAAAAGAUGAAAUUGACUGAUGUACAUUUUACAUUUUACACUUAGAGAUUAUUUAUUUAACAAUAAGUAUAUUUCAUAAAACAAACAUUUUCACUCAUCAUCACGACGAUUAAAAGAUAAAAGCCAUGACAAAACAUCAUUUUUAUGAGCAAAUGGCCAGACAAUGAAUCUGACUUAACAUUGAAUUGGAAAUAUUUUCCGAUGAUUGAAUCACUGAAUUCGCAUCAGCCGACUGAAAUAGUUGCCAAAUAUGUACGUUUUGAUCCGAAUUCAGCCAAUGUCAGCUAAAAGUGAAAUAUUUCAGCUCACAAUUAAGUUCGAUUCAAUGCUGACCUAAUACAAAAUAUGUGUACUGUACAUCGCAAUUGAAUUGUUCGUUUUUAAACAAAAAAAAUUGAAUGAAAAAAGAAUGAAUCAAGCGUGAAAACAAAGCAAAACAUACUAAUAUAUAUAAAAAAAACUCAUAUGUGUCUAAUCAUAGUAUAUACAUUUUAACGACGUCGUACGAUAUGAUCUUUUUUUAAACUUUUAUUAUUAUUUUUUGUAUGAAAAAUAUUUAAGCAAUUGUGAGCGGCAGCUUAAAUAUGAAGAAGCAAAAAAAAGCAGCAACAAAAGGGAAAAUAAGCAACUAAAAAAAAAAACAAACAAACAGAAAAAAACAUAAGAAAUCAAUAGGAAAAUCAAGACUUUUGGGACUGAUUUCAAUUUUACAAUUUACAAUUUAAGCUUAAGAGUAAUUUUUAAGUCAUAACAAAUGAAAUUUUUAGAACAGCAUCUGAGCGCAUGAAAGGAAUUUUUUUUUGUUCGAAAAAUGUUUAUAUUUAUCUCAGUGGUUUUGAUUUAUAUUUCGUUCCUUAUUAAAACCGGUUUUUAAUCAAAUGAAUCAAUUGUAACCAAAAUAUUGUAAGAAUAUUGCCAAUAGUGAAAAUAGCGUGUGUGUAUUUUUUUCAACAUCAUCGUUUUUAGACUUUUAAUUUGUAUUAUAAAAAUCUUCUUAUGAAAUAAUCAUAUAUGCAUUUGAUACAAUUCACAUUCAAGACGAAAGAAACACACCAGAUUGACCAGAUUUUUCUUUAUAUUUCGUUCUCCUAUAUUAAGACAAUUCAUGCAUUAGUAUCAAAUAAUAUUUUAUACAUUUUUUUUAACCUUCCACGCACGUGAUGCCAUUUCAUCUGUGAAUACGUCUAUCCACUGCUCGUCAUUUAUUCAUUCAUUCAUUCAUUCAUAAUAAGUAAAUCAAAUUUGAUGUUCGUUUCCUUUUUAAUAUUAAUACUAAAAUAUUAUGCGAUAAUGCACUUAUUAGAGACGACACACACUCAUUUAAUAUGUUAUUCACUUCAAACAUACAUUAAAAAGCAUUUGUAAUAUGGCUUUUGGCUGUAAUGUGCAUUCAAAUAUUUCAUUCAUCGUGACAGAUUUACUUCCUUCAACCUUGAACAUUCGAAUCAAUACGUAACAUUACAGCCACAGGCUAACGUUUUUUCAUUGUCGUCCGAGCCACACAUUUUUGUUAAUAUUUAUUAAAUUAAUACACGUAUUU